AUGGACGUGACAGAGGAAGCUAUCUGCUGGAGGAGACGAGAUGGAAUGAGAUUACUUGAACAAGUAAAGGGGUUAGCCUUUUUAAGGAUUGAGAGUGUGGUGAGAUGGGGAGCCAUGGAAGAUUUGAUGAGGAAUGAAAAGGUUUGGAAAAUCUGCUGGGGAGAGUGGGAUAUUUUAGUGUUGUGCUUAGAAAAGAAAUCUACAGCCCAGAUCGAUGACUGUACACACUUGAGAGAACAAUGUAUAAAUGAUACAAAUGGAUGUGACCUUGUUUGGACAGUCCUUGAAGACGUCUGUAAUGUUUCAGGUAAUGAAUGCCAGAUGAAAGAUUCAUUGAACUGCAAUCUAAGCAUCCAGUCUCUGGAAGAUCAAUAUCCCAAAUUUAAAAACUGUCUCUGUACUGAAGAUAUUUAUUGUAGUGUUAACAAGUUGCUUGGGGGACAAUGUACCAAUAAAACAGAUUACAUUAAUAAACCUAUUAAACUGCAAUGGGAUCAAACUACUCUUUCUCACCACAGGUUCCAAGGCAUCUGGUCCUGUUUGGAAGCUGCACAGGUUUGUGUUGGGGAUGUAAUGUGUAACAAACAGUUGGCUCUGUACCUUAAGGCUUGUUCAGCAACUGGAAGGCCAUGCAACCUGACACAAUGCCAAGCAGCCAUCCGCUUCUUCUAUCAAAACAUGCCUUUUAACAUUGGCCAGAUGUUGGCUUUGUGUGACUGUGCACCAGCAGAUAUACCUUGUCAGAAGUCCAAAGACCUUCUUCAAAGCAAGUCGUGUGCCAUCAGCGUAGUUCCACCUCCAUCAUGCCUUGAUGUAAUUCACAGCUGCCAAAAUGAUGAAAUAUGCAGAAGCCGCUAUGAAACAUUUCAGUCAAAAUGCUGGCAGCGUGUUACUGAAAAAUGCUAUUAUGAUGAGACUUGCAUUAAUACCUUCAAUAAGGAAGAUAUAACUUGCUCAGCAGAUGAUAAGUGCAAAGCUGCUUAUAUUGGCACCCUGGGGACCAUACUUCAUGUUCAAUGCACCUGCAGAUCCAUUCCAUUCAUUGAACAGCCUUUAUGUGAGAUUUUUUAUCACAUGCUUCAGAGCAGGUCCUGCUUCAGCAACUUAGCUUUUCUGGUGAUGAAAAUUCUUAAUCAAUUCAAUGCAGGACAUGGAACAACAUCUCUUUUCAAUGCUUCUGAGCUGGAUAUUGCAGCGAAUGGAGUGCUGGGCCUGGUGUUAGGAAGGCUUGAACUAAAAUCUGGCCUCAGAAACUUA